GGAAAAGACUCGUUAACAAUAUUAACGCGAAUAUACUGCGAAAAUCUCGUUUCCCAAUCAAAUUCUCCGCGUUUGUAUGGUUCGCGGUAAUUUGUAACUACGUCAACACUUUUAAAUAGUUAACUAAUUGUAUCGAAAGGCUUGUUCAGUUUAUUGGAUGUCCUUCCAUCGAAAGCAGUGGUGUGUUUUCAAUAAGAUUUUAUGACUUUAUAAGACUUUGGACACUGACAACAACAUGAGUGAAUAUUCACCGUUAAGCGUUCCCAAACCAGCUUUAAAUUCACCAAACCGUGGCGGUGAACUAUCCGCCUCCUUAAAUCCUUCAAAUUCUCAUAGAUUUCCGUCCCCGGAGAAUCCCAGAAGGCCUUUGCUUAACGAAAAUAUGGCACCUCUCGCCAGAAACGAGGUGGAUAAUGACUCUGAUGAGAGAGAAGUAGUUGAUAAACCAUAUCCAGGAAUUGACGACGGCUUCUUCGGUAACGGUGAGGGAAUUUCGAAUAAUACACCAAACGAUAGGCGAACCUCAAAUGAAAACAAUCCGGACGUGGAGUUCAUUCCAACAGGUCCAAAAGAACCUGAGCCCACGGAACCUGAAGCAGAUUUUCCCGAAAUUACGCCACGGCUUGGACCGGACGAUGGGCGGAACGGCCCAGACGAAUUCGACGGGAAGCAGCCGGGAAACGGCACCAAGAGUGGAGGGCCUAAUUUUCCAUUUUCGCCUGGAUUUGGUUUCGGUGGAUUCGACGUCGAACUAGGGAGUAAUGCAGGCGGAGAAACCAUUCCAGAUUUAAACGUGUACCAACAUAAAAAAACAUUAGCCCAGGGGAUGAUGGACUUGGCACUAUUCUCCGCCAACGCAAAUCAGCUCCGGUACGUUUUGGAGACGUUCAAGUCGCACCCGUACUAUUAUCCUAGCCUCGUACUCAUUUCGAUAAGCCUUAUACUUCAGGUGGUCAUCGGAGUCGGACUUAUUUGGAAUGCUGCCUACAACGUAAAGGAUGAGAAAGCAUUAUGCCGAGCAAAUAAAAUUAACAACUUUACCAUUAUAUUUUUAGUAACUGUUAUUAACGUGUUCAUCUCAGCGUUCGGAGUUGCGUCACCUCCUUCUUAAGAAUCGUGUUCAGUCAAUUUCUUGUCGCGAAGUCUCGCUAUUUUUGCUCAAUAUGUGAUAUUAAGUAUAAUAAAUGCAUUCAAAAAAUUUCUAUUUAUAAGGGAGCUUGCUCUAUUGUGCAAUGCAGGUGCUUCUUUUGUACGAAUUUGUAAUAAGCCUAUAAUUUCCUAAUGGCUUUUAUUUAUUCUACAAGUUUCGUUUCGUUAUAAGUAUUAACUCCGCCAAAUAUGUAAAAUAUCGGGUUCGGAAAAAAACCCAACAAUGAUUUUAAAUAAAAUAAAGGAUUAUUUCUUCAAAAGUACUUACUAUUUUAAAUCAUACGACUUAUCAAACAUUAAUAUUUUACAGACAGCGUCUUAAAGCCAACAAAACCUAUUAUUUCUUUAUACACUCCCUAUAAUUAUAUAACAAAGCUUAAGAAAUCAAUUACUUACUUAGACCGAAAAAUUAAUAAAAUAAUAUACUCAGGGUUCCACUUAAAAACAACAGAUUUAGUAUAACCAAUACGCUGCCUGUAUCAAGCUGGAAACUAAAAGGGUUAUGAAAAAAUAGUUUCUUCCGAUUCGGUAUGGUCUUUUGUUUUACAGCUCCAUCAACAAGUUCUUUUAUUUAGAAAUUUUGAGUAAUGUCGAUAUCUUAUUGACGAUAUUGACAAAUUCUUCAGGAAUCUUUUUGAGUUUCUUGUUAUAACGGAAAACUUAUGCUAUGGCGCUAUAUGGUAUUAAAUAGAGCGAUUUUACAUAGUUACAUUUUUUAAAAUAAAUACCAUUUACCAUAUCAUAUAUUCAAUAUCAUCACGACUAUUAAGCUAGUAGUUGCGGAUUUCAUUUAGAGUAAAAAUAUGAAAAAAUUAAUAACAAGAAGCGAAUUACGGGUUUAAUCUUUGAAUGCCUUUAAAAAAAAUGCGUCCUAAAUACGAAAACAGAUUUUAACUCGUUACGAUAAACCACAAAUUUUUUCAGCAUUGAUUUGAAUCCAGAAUCGAUUAGGGAAAAAUUAUAAUGUUAUAUAAAAUAUCUUUAUGUAAGAUCUAGAAAAUAAUAAUAAUAAACAAAAGAAAUUAAAAAUAAAGUUUAUUAUUUACAACAGAAAAAUAGAAAAUGAAGUUUUUUAUUAAAAUAUUAAUAUUUUUUAAUUAUAUUUUUUUAUAACAAUCGUAAGUAAGUAAUUAUUUAAAAUAGAGUUUCUUGUAGGUGUUCGACCAUCAGGAUUUUUUUCCGCAAAUGUCUAAAUGUCUUGAUUAAAUUUGUUCCUUUUUAGUCAUUAAACAAAUUUAAAAGCGUUUGUGUGAAUAAUUUAGUUAAAAGGCAUGACAUUUAUAAAAAAAUAGAAAACUACAAGUGCUUGAUUAUUUUUUCUGCCCUAUUGCUUAUCUUUUUGGCAAAUUGAUAGCCCAUGGAAAAAAAAUUUUAUACUAAUAUUUCGAAAUCCACAAGUUUUUGAAAUAGGAAAGAUUAUAUAAAGUCACCAUUUUUUUAUUUCCAAAUAUGACAAAAGUAUAAAAAUAGAGUGUUCUCAUUCGGAAAUAUGAGUGAAUCUAAACCAGUUUUGUCAUUAUGAUUUGUUGAUAUUCUUUACGGGCCACCAUUUACAAAAUGGCAACGAAGAAUGAAUGAAUGAAUCAAGCAAGAAUUAGAAUUUCGACACCGUUAAUCAAGAAAAGGAAUCGUUUUCGGACAUAUGUUCAUAUAUAAAACUAGGGUUUAUUUUUCAUAUAGAAUAUACCAUAAGAUUGUGGUGCAUUAAUUGCGGAACAUCCUGUGAUUAUGAAAUUUUUCGAUUCAUCGUAAACUUAUAAAAAUAUAUAUAUCAUAUACCUAAAUUCACUCGUGAUAUAUUCGCAACAGAAAUUUACAGUAGUUCUUAUUAAUCACAUUUUUGAUCUUAGUCUUAGCGAAUUGACACAUUUGUAAAAAAUUCAAAAAAGUCAUCGAUUAAGCAAAUAAUAAAUUAAAUUAGACGGAAACUAAAGGGUUGAUAUUCGAGCGAUAUGUAGAAAUUCGGGAAUUUAAAAUAGUAAAGUGCACCUACACUCGAGGAAAUUGCAUUAUAAGCCGAUAUGCAUUUGGCGAGUUCCCGUUUCGAGUUUACAGCCACGCCGCCAUCUUAGCUUAAUUGAAUAUUCGUCGAAUUGCAGUUGGUUUAAACUCGAACCGCGCCAAUUUAGACUUUAUGCUGGGAAAGGGGUACCCCUAGCUCUGGCAGCGAUCGAGAAUUCAACUUUAUGAUUUUGUUAGUCAACUUGUGAUCUUAUAGCCAACUACAUUUUUAAAUAUUUUGAUUUUUCUUUGUUGUUUUGACGUUUUUUUAUAGAUUUAUUUAUUCAAAUUUGUUACCUUGAUUAGUUAGCCUAUAAACUUUAAUUAUUUAUUUUUGUUAUUUGGUAUUUUCAAUCAAAUGUAUCUCUGGACUAUUAUACCUUUAAAGAAGUAGAAUAAUGUCUUUGCUAUUUAAAAAAUACCUGCACCACCUAUUUGGGACGCCCUGGAUAAGCUGAGGCGCAUUUGUCAAACUGAUUGAGUAGUGCAUCUCCUUAGUCUGUGGUUAAAUUUUAGUUGCAAUACCUGGACCACUAGCGCCACAA